AUGAUGGAGGACUAUAUAAAGCGUGCCUACGUUACUUUGCUGCAACAGGAAUCGGCCUACAAAGGAAGCACAUUUUACAAGUCAGAAGAUCCCGACAACAACUAUAAAUGGACAUUUGGCAGCGCGUUUUUCUUCUCCAUGAAUGUGUACACAACGACGGGUUACGGUUCCAUCGCACCUGAAUCGAUCGCUGGGAAAUCAUGUGUGAUGGUUUACGGAUUCCUAUUUGUUCCGCUGACCCUUGUAGUGUUACGAGACCUCGGUCAAUGGGCUCUGGUCCACACCACAAAGAUCUAUGCCCGUUUGUUAAUCAUGUUCAGAAGAGCUCGCGGGUAUGAGGACAAUAAAGAGGAUGAACUGAUAUCACUGCCAAUCAAAUUCUGCAUGUUUCUCAUGCUGGCCUACUUGUUGUUUGCUAGUCUGUUCAUAUACGAGUACGAUGCACUAUCCGGACCAGCUGGUUCAGGAAUAGAUUUCUUUCAUUCAUUCUAUUUCUCAUUCAUAUCGAUAACCACAAUUGGAUUGGGAGAUAUCAUGCCGAAUAACGUAACGUUUGCCCCUAUAAUUACGCUACUGUUCUUCUUCGGUAUGCCAAUACUCAAAGUCGUCAACAGAAGCACUUACAUUUGUGUUGAAAAUGGAGUGUUUGGAACCAUGACAGUCUGUGAAAAUCGGCUCGACAGCUGCUGGACAGGUGUACAACCAAAUGAUACAGAGGCUCAGCCCGUAUCGCCUCGUCCAUCCAUACGAAGUCGGCGAAGUGGUAGCGAUUCGCGACAUGAUGAGGACUCUGAUGAGGAAAAUGACGCCAAUCAGAUGCUCAACAACUUCACGAUCCGCUCCAUUGCGACAUUUAUGCGAUCACAUUCGGACGUCUACGGUGGCGAUUUUGGCCGUGUCAAUCUGAGAAGAGGGGACCUUUUACCGUGCAAUCACGACACGGUCCGAUCAAUGUCGUCUCGGCGCAACACUGACGCUACAACGACCCCACGCCAGUGA